CCGAUUGCGACAAUGGCGACGACAGUACCAGACCAACCGCCCCCUCCACCAGACAACGAACCAGUCUACGGCGGCUACACGCGAUUCGAAAUUGAGCUCGAGUUCGUCCAGUCCCUCGCGAACCCCCUCUACCUAAACCACCUCGCGACCCAGAAACUCCUCACCCGCCCCGACUUCGUCGCCUACCUCGCCUACCUGCAGUACUGGACCCGCCCGCCGUACCUAAAGUACCUCAUGUACCCCGGCCCGACGCUCAAGCACCUCGAGCUCCUGCAGCAGGAGCAGUUCCGGCAGGACGUCAUUAGUCCCGACCUCGUGCAGAGGCUGAUGGACGACGGGAUGCGGGCUGCGGUCGACUGGCACCGGAGCGAUGCGUGAGGCUUUGAACGGCAUGCGCCUUCAAAGUUCGGGAGGGACACAUGGGCACGCCAUUGAUAAUCACGCGAUUGGUUCCUGUUCUUUUCAUGGAUUGGAACGACAAGCCUUGGGUGUCUGCGAGAUUUGCCGCGAGCAUACGGCUAGGACCAGAGACUAUAGGAUCGAGGAGCCAAGGACCGUUCGCGGUAUGAGGCCAGCUGAGGCGGGAAGACGUGCGCGGUCCCUGAGCAGCAUGACUGCAGACAUAUCACGAAUUUAAUGACCAAGAUAGGGGAGGGCCAUAGGGAAG